UCAAGAUUUCCAUCCAAAAAGUCGAAUUUUGAGGGAUUUCUGACUUAAAUCGAGGAAUGGAGGACCUUUGUCUCAUUUGUUUCAAGGAAAUACCUUCAAAAAAUCCUCCGGAAGUGAAAGUUGUUGAUGCUUUAAGAGACAUUUUUCGAAUAAAUGUCUUUGAAGGACUCUUUGUGUGUGAAAAAUGCAAAAUUACCUUAUUCAAGUUCCAUGAUUUUUAUCAAGAGACCCUGAAAAAUUAUGAAAAACUAAAAAAAUUAAAAAUUCCCAAAUUAGAAGUGAUUUCUGAAGACAUUCCUGUUAAAAUUGAAGAAUUUUUCGACGAAUCGACGGUUUGCGAGACGUUCCUUGAAGCAAAAUCCGAUGCAAAAAUUGAUGAAAAACGAAAAAAUUCAAGUCAGCGAAGAAAAUCGAGCAAAAAACGAGCUUCCCGUGAUCCCUACAUUUGCGAUUUGUGUGGAAAAUCUAUUCGACGCUUCGUGGAUUUGCGUUCUCACAUCGAAAAAACCCAUUUGCGACUUCGGAAGUUUCAAUGUCAUUUGUGCGGCGAUAAUUUCUUCGCAAGUAACAACUUGAAAUUUCAUCUGACGACCCACGAUAAAAGUCGUCCCCGGAGUAAAUGCAAUAUUUGUGGCGUUCUCGUGCUGGAUCUCAAGAAACAUUUUCGUACGUCGCAUAAUGACUCGAAUCCGGUCGUUUGUAACAUCUGCGGCAAGAGUUUGAUGAACGAGAUGAAGUUGCGGUAUCACACGUACAAACGACAUCCGCCUCAGGGCAAGUUUCGAUGCAAUAUCUGUGAUAAGGAUUUCUGUAAUGCGCUUUAUUUGAAGGAACAUACGCACCAAAAGCACAUCGGGGGAUUUCUUUAUACCUGCGAUUGGUGCGAUUUUCAGACGAAUUACAGCAAAAAUAUGCCGACACAUCAAAAGUUGAAGCAUAAGGAGGAGUAUGAGGCACGGAGACGAGCAAGGCCGGCGAUGAUGUCGAGAGUGCAUGAAAUGAAAGCGACAUUGGCGUUACAGGGACAAGUUGGGACUGAGGGAAAUGUCACGUAAAGUUGUUUUAAAAUUGAAUUUAAUAAAAUUUUGUUGGAUAUUAGAAUUAAAAAAAAAUAAAAUGAAACAAUUAAAAGUUAAAAUAA